AUGUUCGUUGUUUUCGGUGUGUUUUAUCUUGCCCUUACUUUUUUUCCACAUGAAUCAAUACAACAAGAACCAUUACCAUAUACAUUGGGUUAUCGAUCAUCAUUUAAGUUUCAUCAAAAUUGCACUAUUAAUCUUCUUAUUUCGGCACCGCAUGGUGGUAAUGUAACACCUUCUGAUGUACCAAAUCGAACACAAGGUUGUCUUCGUAUGUCAGGCCCGAAUGCUGGAAAUUGUACAUGGUUUUACAAUGAUACAUGUGUUGAUGGUACACGUUGUAAUGCAACAACUGUCAAAGAUGCGCAAAGUGAUGAAUUUGCUGAAAAUGUAGCAAAUGAAUUGAAUAGAACAUGGGGAUAUAAACCAUCAGUUAUUAUUGCCAAAUGGAGUCGUAAGAAAGUUGAUUUUAAUCGAGAAAUUAAUGAAGCAACAUUCAAUCAUCCUGAAGCUAUAGCUGCUUAUCAAGGUUAUCAUUCAUUUAUCGAUCAAUCUAUUAAUCAAAUAAAUGCAACUUUUGGUAGAGGUCUUCUCAUCGAUAUUCAUGGUCACGGAGAUGGAAAUUAUACUAUGGUUGGAUAUCUUUUGACUGGUGCACAACUUAAUCGAGACAAUCUUAAUACACUAUCAGUAACAACAUCGAUUGAACCAUUGUGUGGAUCGAAUAGAAACGAAUGUAUUCGUGGAAAUUCUUCGUUUGGCACAGCACUUGAACGUAAUGGACUUGAUGUUGUAUAUCCAUCGCUUGCUAAUCCAAAACCUGGCAGUAUUGAUUUUCUUUCUGGUGGAUAUAUAACAUCUAACUAUAUUUCAAGAAUUAAUGCCAUUCAAACUGAAUUACCUAAUUGGAUGCGUACAGCAAAUAAUCGACUCGAUAACGCCCGAAAAUAUGCACAAGCUAUUGUUGAUUAUAUGCAAACGAACCAUUUAUUACGAAGUUCUUCCACUAGAUAA